AUGUUGACGGGCUAUGAGCUUGUAUCAAAAGGUACCACUAAACUAGAAGCUACAUUACCAGAAAUAGGUUUAAAAGAUGUUUUCCCAAACGGUUCCUGGUUAGAGCAGAAACAAAUACAAACAGCAUUGGAAGCAAGGAAACAUUUAAUUGAAGUUGAACGAAUAGAAAAGAGUGGUGUUUUGAGUCAUGCAGUGUGGCGAGAAGAGCUUAUGUUAGCUGAAGUGACCCAAAAAGUUGGUGGUUACUGGCAAUAUUUGGGACAUAACAAAGGAAAAGAUUUAUUUCUCAAUCCAGAAGAAGCCUUAUUUUUAAUGGAAAUUAACUGUCUUCAUUUAACACAUAAUGAUGUCAAAGUUUCAUUACAACAGGCAUAUACUUUAUUAUUACGAGGGAACAUUUCUCUUUUAGAGUAUAAAGUGUAUGCAUCUCUUAGUCGUUUAGGAUAUCGAGUUUUUAGACAUCAAAUUGUAGAAACUAAUAAGAAAAAUAUUUCUCAUAAUGAAAAUAUUGAUAUCAAACCGAACAUGGAAGUAGAUAGUACUGUGACUUUGGAGAAAGAUAAAAGUAACAGUGAGAGUUUCGAAGAUCUAGAAGAAUGUCAUACAGAAAAUAAUUCAAUUUAUUGUGAAAGUUCUACAACGGAUUUUACAGUCGUUUCCAGUUCAGAAAAUCAGAUUAAACAUAAAAACAUAUAUAGAGUAAAAAGGCUAGAAAAAUUGAAAAACCGCAAACUGAAACCUUGCAAAAGUGAAAAUUUGCAUGAGUAUUUUAAAUCCAUACCUAUCACUUUGAACAAAACCUUAGUUACUGUUAAAGUAGCGGACAAAAAAUAUUUACCAGAUGGUUUAAAUUUAAGUAAGUCGGUUUAUUGUAUUGAUCUUAAAAAAUUACACCGCAAAGUUGAAAGUCCGCCGGUUUCAGAAAGUAACCGGUACAGUCCAGAUGUUGAAGUCAAUGGGAGUCAUAUACGGCGAUUGAGAAACACCAGCUAUAGAUCAAACUAUCCGAAUCCGCCAGAUCAAAAUUUUGGUUUCCUAAACCAAGGUUUUCCAAGACCAUUUUAUUUUUGGAGGCACCGUUCAAAUUUUAACUAUUUCAAUCUAAAUAUGCUAUUUCAGAGACCUUUCCUACCGAAUAUGUUCUUUGUACCGCCAUUUGGAUUCAUACCGCGACCGCAACAACAUUUUCGACAUAAUUUCUAUCAAAAUUAUCGAAAUAAAAAACGAAAUAGAGGGAACGCUCAAACAGAGCAUUUAGAAGCAAUAAAGAAUUUAACUAUGAGAUUAAAAAAUCUUUUCCUAAAUGGACAUACAGACAGACAGAACGUGGCCGCGCUUCAAAGACUCAUUCAAACUUACAACACGAGAUAUAAAACAAAUAUAAGACUUAGCGAUGAUUUUGAUCUUAUUAUGGAAGAAAUUGUAGACACAAUACAUUUAGAUGAUGAUGAACCUAUAAGUAAAAAACGUCGUGUUGAUGAUACAGCUGCUGUUUUACAAGAAAACCUGAAUUCUCUUAAAAGAUUUGCCACACAAUUGAAGGAUUUAGAAAAGAUAGGAAAAUCUUCGCCCAGACACAGGCGAGCCUUCUCGAAACUUCUCAAAAAGUUUAAUCAGUCUUACAACGAAGAGUAUUACUUAACGGAAAAUUACGAAUUAGGUAAUAAAACGCAUAUAACUAUAGAUACAUCUGAUUCAUCACAUUCAGAUUGCGUUAUAGAAAACACCCCUGUAGAGUUUCCCGUUGGUAAGAAAUUGAAGAAUCCAUUUAAUAUAUUAAAAAGAUUGUCAGAACAACAAAAAGAACUUUUCAAUGAAGCAUCCACAAGUAGAGAAGAGAAUAAUGUGAUCAUUCAAAAUAUACCUUACAGUCAAACUUUAUUAGAUGCAUUUCCAUCGGAUUGGUUGCCGAAGGCUUCCGAUUUUGGAAGAGCUGAAAUUGUACAAAAAGAUACGACAGAAGAUUUAUUGUUAGAUAUAAGUCAAGAGGAGUUUUUGUACGACUUUGUUAAAAUCCAACCAGGCAAAUCAAAUGAUUGGUUGAGUUUAAAGAAAUCAUAUUUCAAUACCAUUAAUGAAGCCGUUCCAGAGUUUCAAGAUUCUAUGGACUUUAACGUUAAUUCGAUUGUAAAGCCUCAAGAUUGUUCCAAUAUGGCGUCAGUGCUUAAAAAGUUGAGUAUAAUUAAGACGGAGAAAAGAGUGAAGGAAGACUGCAAUCUAGUGCUACAUUUUGAUGUAUAUAAUAGAGAUGUGCAAAGUUUUAAAAAAACUAACCCUCCUGUACCACAUUUUCGGAUUAUUUGUUUAAGCGAAUCUUCGAAUAUGCCUCCCGGAGACGAGAUUGCUGCUCUACACUCGAAGUACGAAGAUAAUGUAGCCAUUGUAUUUGCUAUUGUGGGUGAUUCUAUUUCUUAUGUGCAAGUGAAUGCGACGGACAUACCUGUGUAUAUAUCAAACGAUACU